AUGGUUAUCGAUUGCGUUGUGUCACCUUGGGGCCCAUGGUCAGAUUGCGAUGUAGAAUGCGGAACUGGAAUGACGACGAGACGUAGAGAAAUUCAAGUACAACCACAAAAUGGCGGAAAACAUUGUCCAUCCCUCAUACAAAAACGUGGUUGUCAAGGUACGAGAUGUCCUCAUCACGUUCGAAACAUAAUCAAAGAAACGGCCAUGUUGUUACCGAUAGGACUCAGUGGAAAACGUAAAAUAAACGAAACAACCGACAUAACAAGAAAUUUAAGAUUGAAUUAUCAACCAAAAGGAUUAAUUAAAAAUGCCAAAAGAGAGUAA